AGUAUUUCCCUUGCAUCAAAACUGGGUAUCGGGUUUCACCCGAAAUCUCAAAAAGUUCGGGUCUAUCAUCAAGUCUAUAAAUUAGAUAGUUGAGUUACCAAUCUCCGUCACAACAAUACAAACAGCUUCCUUAUAUAAGAAAUAUAAAAAAGAUCAUAUCAUAAAAUAUUUAUAAUCAUGAAUAAUAACAAUAUGUAUGCAGUGGUGUUGUUUAUAGUACUUGUAAUCACAACUACUACGAUGAGCUCGGUUUUGUGUUCUUCUUCGGCCAACAUUAAUAAUGAUGAUAAGGAGAUUUUAAUGGUGGUGGAAGAACAAACCUCAUCCAUGGAGCAGCCAAUAACUGGGAUGGAUCAGAAGCAUCCAGUUGAACUUGGACGAAUCGGUCUAAAAGGUGGAAGGUCAGUGACAUUAUCGUCGCUUGUAAAUGGCAGAGAGAAUUCUUGUGUUCCUCCUGGAGAUCCGUGUGGUGCGCUUGAUUGGUGCUGUGAAGGCCUCUAUUGCACUAAUCCCGUAUAUGGAUCGUGCAAACCUAUCGAAAACUGCCGCAAGAAGGGUGAUACAUGUUUAACGGUAGUUAGAUUUGAAUGCUGUUAUCCCCUUAAGUGCAGUGACUCUGUAUAUGGCGGCAAGUGUGUUUAGUAACUACUUCAAUAAUGUAAUGAAUUUUAUUACUGGAUUACUUUAUGUGUGUGUGUGUGUUUGUGUAAUAAUGCUGCAUCCGGACCGAAUUUGAUUCCGUAUCUUAUGUCUGUUAAUUUGUUUCUUUGAAUAAACAGUUAGCUAACAAAUAUAUAGUUUGUUAGCUAAUUAAUUAUGGUA